GGCCACUGCUCCCGCCCCUUCUCACACUCCGGACGCGUCUCCUCUGCAGCGGGGCCCCGCAAGCUCCCAGCCGCCGCUGCAGCCGCCUCUCCCGCCAGGCCGGCGGGGUCUGACCGGAGCAUGGAGCCGGGGGAGCCCCGGCAGCCGCGCGAGCCCGGGCCUGGGGCAGAGACCGCCACCGCCCUGCACUGGGAGGAAGCCAAGAAUUUGUACGAUAACCUCGCGCCCAAGAAGAAACCCAAAUCGCCCAAGCCACAGAAUGCGGUCACCAUUGCAGUGUCCUCCCGAGCCUUGUUCCGCAUGGACGAAGAGCAGCGGAUCUACACGGAGCAGGGUGUGGAGGAGUACGUGCGCUACCAGCUGGAACAUGAAAAUGAGCCCUUCAGCCCUGGGCCAGCCUUCCCCUUUGUAAAGGCUCUGGAGGCUGUGAACAAGCGGCUGCGGGAGCUGUACCCUGACAGUGAGGAUGUUUUCGACAUCGUCCUCAUGACCAACAACCACGCUCAAGUGGGUGUCCGUCUCAUCAACAGUAUCAACCACUAUGACCUGUUCAUUGAGAGGUUCUGCAUGACAGGCGGAAAUAGCCCCAUCUGCUACCUCAAGGCCUAUCACACCAACCUCUACUUGUCAGCUGACUCAGAAAAAGUACGGGAAGCCAUUGGUGAAGGGAUCGCAGCUGCCACCAUCUUCAGCCCCAGCAGGGAUGUCGCUGUAUCCCACAAUCAGCUGCGUGUGGCCUUCGAUGGGGAUGCAGUGCUUUUCUCAGAUGAAUCAGAGCGCAUCGUCAAGGCUCAUGGGCUGGACAGAUUCUUCGAGCAUGAAAAAACCCACGAGAACAAACCUUUAGCCCAGGGCCCCCUGAAGGGCUUUCUGGAGGUGCUGGGUCGGCUGCAGAAGAAGUUCUACUCCAAGGGCCUUCGGCUGGAGUGUCCAAUCCGCACCUACUUGGUGACAGCACGCAGUGCGGCCAGCUCUGGAGCCCGGGCUCUCAAGACCCUGAGAAGCUGGGGCCUGGAGACAGAUGAGGCCCUCUUCCUGGCUGGAGCCCCUAAGGGCCCCCUUCUUGAGAAGAUCCGCCCACACAUCUUCUUUGAUGACCAGAUGUUCCAUGUGGCUGGGGCUCAGGAGAUGGGCACCGUGGCUGCCCAUGUGCCUUACGGCGUGUCCCAGACCCCCCGACAGAUCACAUCAGUGAAGCAGGCUCCCUCUGCAUAGUAACUGAGUCACCAGCUUCACCACCUGCAUUAUUCCAGGCCUAAUGCAUGUGGUUUAGUGGAUCCUUCUAGUUUCUCUCUGCUCUGCCCCUCUGCAUGUCUGCCCUCAUCCCAAGUGAGGUACCGAUAAGAUACUGUGCAGGCAGUGGCGACCUUCUCACCAGCCUUCCUUUUUGGGUAAACAUUGUGCCGUAAUCCUGGAUAGGAAAAUAUAGGAAGGCUGCAGAGAAACUGCCUUUCAGAAAAAGGUUGAUGGGACUGAGAACAAGAAGGCACCAGGAUGCCUCAAAGGGGCUGGGUAGGAUGCUAGCUCAUCCUCUCUAAAAGAACACUGAUUUGAGAAAGAAGGUCUCUAGCUUCAAAGCUAUCCUGGCAGUAACUGCAUAACUUUGUCUAGUUCCUAUUCCUCCUUAUGCUCCAGUUUUCCUAUCUUUUAGGUGAUUUUCAAACUCUCCCUUAGCCAAAGAAAAACAGUAAGAUUGUCCUCUUGGAAAAAAAUCUUCUCUGUCAGGCCUGCUGCCAGUUUAUAGGGAGACUUUGUGCAAGUUAUGAGAGUGUGCUGUCUUUAGGCAAAUGGAUUAUGAAAAGACACUUUCCCUCUGGACUGGCCCAGACCCAUACUGGGAUGUCCAGCUUGUUUUGCAGGAUAGAGGCUGGAUCUCAACCUCCACUGACUCCUCAUCACAGAGGUCUUUGUCAAAUGGACAAAGUGUGGGGAGGGAUGAGGAAAAAAAUCUUGGUUUUCACUGGUAUAAUCCCAUAUGCAGCAGGAAAUACCCAGUGGCUCCAGUGGGAGGCCAUCCAGGCUGAGCUGGGGGAAAGUGUGAAAUAUGUGAGGUCUGGUUAUAGGCAGGAGACGACAGCUCCACUAACAAGAUUUUCCAUCCAUGAGCCUGUAAAGAGAGGCAGUGAGCUCUUUGUCACUGAGAUACUAUACAGGGGACUCCAGGAUGGGGUGACCAUCCCACCCCACCCCACCCCCCAAGUACACUGUCAAUCUCCUGCCCUUGUAGGAGCCCAGUCAGUCUCUUCCUGUGCUGAGCAGCCCUGACUCCUUCCAGGGCAACAAAGGGUGAAUAAAAUCCCCUUUGGCUGGUCUCUCAGGAAGACCCAGAAAGGGUGAGCAGACACUGCUUAUAGGCCCCCUUGCCUGCCCUCCCCAGGGGAGUCUCACUAUUAGCAAGCACUUUGUGAAGGAAGCUGAAGAUAGCAUUGGAGAGCUGGGGUGCUUGUGGGAGUAGGAAAAGGGGGUGAGGACAACCUGUGGCCCCACCUUUGCCUUUUUGAGGACUCAGCCCAGGAUGUGAAUGGGCACAGGUUCUGGGUGGUAUAGGACAGAUAAUCCAGGAAGGAAAAAAGAAAGAGAAGAAAGAGAUGGUUAGGCAAUCACUGGGCAAGGGCCAGUGAUGAAGAUGUAUUUGCACAAGCUCAUUUCCAUGUAGGGAUUCUUCCCCAGUGAGAUCGGUCAAGGCAGCAGAGGGCAGCUCAGGGCAGCAGCCCAGUGUUGAGCUGCUUCCUUUACCAGUGCCCCACACCCAGCCAGACGUACUGUAAGACCUAAGCAUGGCCUCAAGGAAACAGACAAACAAAAAGUGAAAGGUGGCACUCAACCCCAGUAACCUUUGAUCUUGGUGAACCACAGGAAGUUCUUUGCCCACCGAACCGCAUAACCACCACUACGCUUUUUCCUUUAACCAGAGCACUGAUUAGCUUUGACUUAUGGUGGUGUGGGGGAUGAAACCUGGGACUUCAGAGUCACAGGCAUGAAAGUUUUUGCAUAAUCAUUAUGCUAUCUUCCCAUAGUCACCCCUUGAGUGAACCAGCAAGUGGCCCUAGAAGGGCCUCAAGCUCAUAGAAGAGCCACAUCUUGUGCGUGGUGUAGACACACUGACAGCAGACCCAGAAAGAAAGAUGUCACUGAAGAUGGAUCCCAAAGCUACUGCCCAUUGUUCUGCCUAUUGUUCCAGGGUCUACUGAUAGCCCCUCCCCCCAUGCUUCCAGGCCUCUCAGGAAGCAGGAAAACAAAUGAUGUCAGAAGCAGAAAGAUGUAGACAAGGUACAGGAAAGCCAAGGAUUUCACUGGUUGUCACCACUAAGAGAUAGUGACAGGCCUGGGCAGCCAGAAACAUGAGUGUUCAAAUUCUAUUAUUCAGACUAUCAAUAAGCUAAUUGGGUCUGGAAAAGAGCUUUCAAGGACUGGAAUGAAAAGACCAGACGUCCUGGGGGAGGGGGUUGCAGGCAAUAGCCAGAUACAUCUUCUGAUUGCUUCAAGUGGUGAGGGGGAAUCCUGGGGGGAGUAACACUGUUUAUUGUCUCACCACUAAAAUGAACAACUGAGCACCAAA